AUGCCUGCAGACUCAACCGCUGCUCGCCCCGGUCGUCGUCUCUUCCCUGUUGCCAUAGACGAAAUCGCUGAGAAUGACCCGGCCAGAACAUGGGCUUCGAUUCCCCUGUCAUCCACUCUGUCCCAUGGGUAUCGGGACAUCUCCUUUCGCGCUUUCGCAAAUGCAAUCAACCGUGCUGCAUGCUUCAUCAAGACCACCUUUGGCCCCGCCGCCCAUUUCCCAACUCUAGCUUAUGUCGGCAAAUCCGACAUGAGAUAUCACAUAUUGUCCAUGGCAGCUGCCAAAACUGGCUACCAGAUUCUGUUUUCGUCUCACAUCAACAGCCUCGCUGCCCAUUUGAAUCUGCUCCAGCUAUGCGACUGUCAUCUUUUCUUAUCUGCAGAAGGCGUGGAUGUGUCGGACAUAUUAGCUGCUCGGUCCAUGAACCAUGCUGUCUGCCCGGAGUUGGAUGAACUACUGGACCCUACUCCCGCAGAAAGAUACCCAAUGGCCAAAACGUUCGACCAAGCCGCUCAAGAUACUUUCUUGAUCUUGCACAGUUCAGGCACGACUGGCCUCCCAAAGCCUAUACGCAUCACCCAUGCGCAGAUGGCCGCCAAUGACCAGAUUACUCAGUUGCCCGAGGAGUGUCAGUGUGGAGGCCCGGGCUUUCGCAGGAUCAACCCUCUGAACGCUACAGCCGGAAGACUGAUUGUGCCAUUUGCUCCCUUUCAUGUUAUCAGUGCCAUAAUCCUGAUGUGUUUUACUGUCUUUGGCAAGACCACGUAUGUUUUCGGACCUUCGGACCGGAGUAUGAAUGCAACAGACUUGCUCGACGCCAUUUUGUAUGGUAAGGGGGACUGCAUCUUCUGCGCUCCCGCAGUGCUAGAGAAAUAUGCCUCUUCGGAUCAAGAUCUCGCAAGGCUAAGCUCAUUAUCUAGUAUCACGUAUGGCGGUGGUAAGGCCGUCCACUUUAAGUCAACCACCGUCUUCCGCGGUAGCAUUCGUUUCAAGGAUCCAACGGCCGCAUCCCGUCAAACCGUCUUUCAAACCUUCCCACACCUAAACGAGUACGCGACGGGCGAUCUCUUCGCCCCUCACCCGAGUCGGCCCUGCACGUGGAAAUUCGCGGGUCGUGUUGAUGACUUGAUCCUCUUCGGCCACGGCAUCAAAUUUCACCCGGCCGGCAUUGAGGGGAAGAUCCAACACGGCCACGAUCGGGUCCAGGACGUGCUGCUGUGGGGAGACGGGCACCAGCAAGCGAUUGCAUUGAUUGAGCUGACUGAAGAGGGUCUGAGGGAUAUGGAACGGGGAGGAGCGGACGCGGCGCGGCUACGGAGUGAAAUAGAGCUCUUGAUCGACCAGGUCAACGUUGAAGCGCCUGUGAUUGCGAAGCUCACCAAGACGCAUGUUGUCUUCGCCGCGAGGGAGAAACCCCUUCCUCGUACGUCAAAGGGCAGUUUACGCCGCAGGGAAGCAGCCAGAGUCUACCAGGCCGAGAUUGACGAGGUGUAUCGAGAGCAUGGUGAUCAGAUGGGGAGCAUGAUGUCAAGAGUGCACUAA